GUAUUCGUAGGCGGGGCUCCAAGGACCUGCUGAAGGUGUGUGUGCUGCUUCCCAAGGGAGAUGGAGAAGGGGGCAAGCCCGCACCCCCCCAAAUCUACGACACUCCCUACGAGGGGCUGCUGGAGACGGAUGGGGAGGCAGGAGGGGUGUGGAUCCCUGUGACACGGCCGGAGUCUGAUCCUCGCCCCCCUGGAGAGUAUGAACAUCCUUGGGAGUGGAGGAAGGAGGACAUCGUCAGAGCACUGACAGCCCAGUUUAAGAAGGGAAUGAGCAGUUUGCCCCCUAAAGAGGAACCUCCUCCACCCAUCAGACAGCAGACUCUCAGUCAUCAGCAGACCCUCAGACAGAAGACCUGGAACAAGAAAGUCCUCGUCCCCUCUCCCUCCUCCCCUACUUCCCCCAUUCUCAAACUCUCUCCUCCCUCACCUCUCUCUCAUUCCUCUCCCCCCUCUCCCACCUCUCACUCUUCUCCCACUCCCAAACAUGCCCCAUCCUCUUCUCCUCCCUCCACCACCUCCACACCRAACGRAGAGACAGCCAAAGUGGACCCCACCCUGCCCCUGGAGA